ACAAGCACGAACUGGAUGGCGUACGAGUCAACGGGAAGGGCAAGAAGAUGAGGAAGCCGAGGACCAUCUAUUCAUCACUGCAACUACAGCAUCUUAACAAGAUAUUCCAGAGGACCCAAUACCUCUCCCUGCCGGAGCGCGCCGAACUGGCGGCUUCUCUCGGCCUUACGCAGACCCAGAUCAAAAUCUGGUUUCAAAAUCGCCGGAGUAAAUAUAAGAAGCUGAUGAAAGCUGCCCAGAGUGGAAGCGGGCCCAGCACGCCCAUGGGGGCCCCAAUCACCCCAGGGUCGCCCCUGGCUGGCUCCCCACUGGAGGGCUCUUCUCCCCUAGGGCAGCCCUUACCAUCAUCAACCCCUCAGAGCAUCUCCCCGCCGCCCCCUACCGCCCAGAGCCCUUCUUCUCACCCCUACACCAGCAUGAGCACCUCUAGCACCCCUCACGGGCCCUCAUCUCAGGGGCCCUCACCCUCAGGGCCCUCACAGUCCCAGCAGCAACAGCCGUCACAGCAGCAGCCUAGCCACACUCCCGCGUCACAGGGAGCGGCGGCGUCAUCCGUCGGAGAGCAUUUGCCGCCUGCAAAUCCCUCUUCACUGCCGCCCACAGCCUCCUCCCCCGGCCUGGCCGCCCACCACUGGGGGGACAUGAAGCCGCCCGUGUCUGUGCCCUACAUGUAUUCCUGGUACGCGGCCGAGAACCAGCACAACCUUCUCACUUAAGGCUCUCCUCCACUACACCACCCGUCCGCUGCUUGCUGUUGCUUGCUGCGCUCCCACUGUCUCAGCCUCAGCCCUGAGAGAGCCAGUGCUCUACCAGCCUCAGCCCUGAGAAAAGCAGUGUUCUCCUAGCCUCAGCCCUGAGAACACCAGUGCUCUCCUAGCCUCAGCCCUGAGAAAAGCAGUUCUCGCUCAGCCUCAACCCUGAGAGAGCCAGUGGUCUACCAGCCUCAGCUCUGAGAGAGCCAGUGGUCUCCUAGCCUCAGCCUUGAGAAAGGCAGUUCUCGCUCAGCCUCAGCCCUGAGAGAGCCAGUGCUCUACCAGCCUCAGCCCUGAGAAAGGCAGUUCUCGCUCAGCCUCAGCCCUGAGAGAGCCAGUGCUCUACCAGCCUCAGCCCUGAGAAAAGCAGUUCUCGCUCAGCGUCAGCCCUGAGAGAGCCAGUGCUAUCCUAGCCUCAGCCCUGAGUAAAGCAGUUCUCGCUCAGCCUCAGCCCUGAGAGAGCCAGUGGUCUACCAGCCUCAGCCCUGAGAGAGCCAAUGGUCUACCAGCAUCAGCCCUGAGAAAGCCAAGGUUCUCAGCAUCAGCCCUGAGAACACCAGUGCUCUACCAGCCUCAGCCCUGAGAGAGUCAGUACUCUCAGCACCUAGGAAAUCACUGUUCUCCCAGCCACGGCUGCGCCCUGCGACAGGUUACACGGAGUGACGCGAGUCUGAGACAGCGAGGCUAUUGAAUUAAUUACAAGGUAACAGCAGAGUGGGACCGCAAGCGUGAGGUAUUUCUUAGAUAAACGUGAAAAACAGCGAGAGGUUAGCGUGUGUGGGGCUCGCCGAAGGUCACGCCUGUAAAGUCUCUCAAGUCACCAUUACCAAAGAUUCCGUUCUGUCGUACUUAAGUGUGUGUGUGUGUGAGAGAAGUGUGAAUACACACAAUCACGCGCUGAACCGAGACGGUUUAUCCUCCGCUAUUCCCUAUUUCCCUCUUCCCCCUUUCCUUCAAGAAGGAACUUGAGAAAAUGGACGAGGCGUCUAGCAGAACUCGAGUGAAGAUGCUUGUGAAUCAGAUAGCAGUGACAGACAAUCUGUUGAUUCGACGGGAGCUGUGCGCACGAUUGGGUUGGAUUGUGGGGUGGCGGACCGAGAAAAUGGCGUGAUACAUUGACAAUCAUUUGCUAACACUCCCUCCUAAAGGGCAUAUACGGUCAAGAUCGGCUGAGGUAGCUACAUGUGUUCUGGUGUACAUUGGAUUAGUAAAGUGUUGAUAUGCGCAUCAGUACGUGGUGAUUCGUACAAAACAUGAUUUUUUUUAAUUUAGUGUAGAGAAUGUCGUGUUUAACAUGAGCAUUGACAGGUUACAAGAGGUGUCGCGAGUGGUGUGUACUAUGUGGGGAGUCGGAGAGUACCCAGCUUUAAGGAUCCAGAUUCAUGAAGCAGUUAGGCGAGUGCUUACGAACGUGUACAUCUUUUCUCGAUCUUUGACGGCUUUGGUUACAUUUAUUAAACAGUUUACAAGCGUGAAAACUUGCCAAUCAACUUUUGUUAU